AUGAUUACCUUUCUCUUUCUCAUCAUUAUUUAUUUAUUUUUUUCCUUUUUUUUAUCUUCUUUUUCAUCUUUUCUUCCUCUAUUUCCUUCCUCUUUUUCUUCUUCGUUUUGUCUUUCUUAUUUUUUUGGUUUUCUUCUUUUCAUCUCCCUUUCUCUUCAAAUUCUUUUUCUCGUUUUCUUCUUUCAUUUCUUUUUUUUUAUUAUUAUUUUUAAUCUUUUUAUUCUUUCUUCCUCUACUUCCUUUCUCUUUUUCUUAUUCGUUUUGUUUUUCUUCCUUCAUUUUUUCUUCUUUUUCUUCUUCAUUUCCUUUCUAUUCAAAUACUUUUUUCGUUUUCUUCUUUUAUUCCUUUUUUUAUCUUCUUUUUCAUCUUUUCUUCCUCUAUUUCCUUCCUCUUUUUCUUAUUCGUUUUGUCUUUCUUAUUUUUUUGGUUUUCUUCUUUUCAUCUCCCUUUCUCUUCAAAUUCUUUUUCUCGUUUUCUUCUUUCAUUUCUUUUCUUUAUUAUUAUUUUUAAUCUUUUUUAUUCUUUCUUCCUCUACUUCUUUUUCUCUGUUUCUUAUUCGUUUUGUUUUUUCUUCCUUCAUUUUUCUUCUUUUUCUUCUUCAUUUUCCUUUCUAUUCAAAUAAUUUUUUUUCGUUUUCUUCUUUUUUUUUUUUUUUUUAUCUUCUUUUUUCAUCUUUUCUUCCUCUAUUUCCUUCCUCUUUUUCUUAUUCGUUUUGUCUUUCUUAUUUUUUGGUUUUCUUCUUUUCAUCUCCCUUUCUCUUCAAAUUCUUUUUCUCGUUUUCUUCUUUCAUUUCUUUUCUUUAUUAUUAUUUUUAA